UUGUUGCUGUUGUAAAACAUUAAGGUCUACACACCAUGGUGCAUGACUUGUGAUGCUGUGAGCAAGCAAGUAGAAAAAUUGGCGAAACAUUUCAGAGGGUUGGAAAGUCUAAGUUUUGCAAGGAUAGAUGCUUCUGCAAAUGAGCAUCCCAAACUUCAGGUCACAGACUACCCGACACUACUGUUUUAUCCAGCAGUGGAUAAAUCAAAUCCAAUUGCAUUGCCUACAAAGUCCAGUUUGAAGGAUUUGGGAGCGUUCACCAAGAAAAAUGUUAAAGCUGAAGAACAUGCAAAUAAAGAUGAAUUGUAGAAUGCAGAAUCCUUCUUUCGUUAAAUAGUAUACUAGUUUUUACAUUGCCAAAUAUCUUAACUUCAGCAAAAUCACUAGUAUAAGAAGAGGUUUAGAAAACAUUUGUGUAGAUUCCAAGAAGAUUAACUUUAUGAAACCAAUUUUGUAAUAGAAACCACAGUAAUUUUAGACUGAUUUUUUAAGAGGGAAAAAGAUGUUGGUUCCUGAUCCAAUUGAAGAUGGUCCAUCUUUCCUUACAUUUGUAAGUGUGAACUACUCAUAGGAAUUGAUGUGAGGCCCAUAUCAAGUAAACUUACCAAAUUACCCGUGCAUGUUUACUGAUGUACUGUU